AUGGAGCUCCCUUCCAGGCGACCUUGGCAAGUCUUCACUGGUGCUGAGUUGCCCUGUAGCGAUGGCGUGCAGCAGAGAUGUUUUCUGCUUGCAGGAUGGGAUGGUGAGCGCUUGCCAGUGGCUUGGGUCCGCGGACGGGAGCUGACACCCAGUCACCUGGCAGCCAAACUGACUCGGCAUUUGACUUCAUCAGGGCAGCUUUGGCUCUUGCUGGGCACCGAGCUCAUGGCCUGGGACUUGCUGCGAGGUGAGUUCAUUGGCAGAUGGCAGCCUGAUUGGCAGGGCUUCACGCCCCGUCUCCUGUGCCAUGGCCAGCGGCUACUGGUGGCUGGCACGGCCGGAUCAACGAUGGGCUUUGCACGUCCACGCUUGUUGGCGCUUGAGCCACGCCUGGAGCUGCAGUCAGAUGCCCCGCCCAAAUGA